AUGCUCAACGAUUUACCAACCCUUCGUACUCGAGCACUUAAAAAAUUAAAACAUUGGCGAGAAGCAGCUAUUAAACGUCUUCUUGAACGACAACGUGAACUUGAAAAAACUUUAUUAGAUAAAUUUGAACGACUUGAAUUCGAUACACAAUUAUUUGUUGAAAAAAUUGAACGAAAAAAAGCCAAUCAACAACGACGUUGGCAAACUGAACCAUUAGAUUAUAAUAAUAAAAGUGAAAUUGAUCGUAUAUCGACAAAUUUACGAUCAAUUCGAAAAGAAUUAGAACAAUCCAAAUUAAUCUUAGCUGGUAACACUAUUGAUGAUGAUAUGAAUGAAUUAUUACCUGAUGAUGUUAUACCAGCAAAAUUAGCAAGUACAUCACGUUACAGUGAAAACUCAUCAUUAAAAACUCCGGUACAUAAAAAUUAUGAAAAUAAUGAUCUUGGUUCAGAAUUAAAACGUGUACUUGAAAUAUGUACAAGUCCACAACGUUCAUCAUCAUCAUUAUCAGCCGAUGAGUAUGGUUUCAUACUACCAAAACCUAAAGUAUUAUUAACAAAAAAGAAGAAGAAGAAGAAAUUUGAUGCACAUCAACCAAAUUUAGUCUCGAAAGCCAAGUUAUCACCUUUACCAUCAAUUGAUCAUACAGAGUAUUCGUAUGAUGCUAAAUCAAAACAGACAACAACUAAAACAAGUAAAACAUUUCAACCAAAACAAGGUUCGCAAACUGUAGGUACACAACGACGUAAUACACGUACAAUAACAAAUGUAUCAAUACAACAACAACAACAACAACAACAACAACAACAACAACAACAACAACAGCAACAACAAAAUAUUUCAACGAGUGUCAACGAUCAAAAUAAUACAAAUGAUGGAAACAAUAACAAUAAGCUAUUUGCAUUUGAAUCCUUUGAUGAUUCUAUAAGACGUUUUCAACGUUUACGUGAAAUAAGAAAAAAUUUACGAACAAAAUAUGAUGAACGAUCACAACAGCAAUCUGUUGAAACGAUGCCAUCAACAUCAACAAAUGCCAUUGAAAAUACUGAAACAAUAUCCGAUAAUCGUACUGGUACUCAACAAAAAUCUCUAAAUAAUCCUAAUCGUUCAAUAUCAAAUGGUACUCAUUCGAUUCCACCAACACCAUUAACUAUUAAAUCAUCUCUAACAACAAGUUCAACAUCACCAAGAAAAAAUGGUGAAACACGUCAUACAUUACUUGCACGUGAACCUGUUAGUAUUCCUAUUGAACGAGUAGCAACUAUAACAAAUUCUCAAUCAACAAAUUCUGAUGUACUUGAAUUAUAUGAUAAAGCAGCAAAUAGUGUUCGUAUAAAUAAUGAUGUUACUAAUACACGUGAUCGACGACAUCGUUCAAGAACACUUGAAGCUAAUCAAAUUCAAGCUGUUGAUAAUCAGAUAUAUGGAUGUCCAUCGACAUCUAAAAUGAAACAACAAACACAUCAUAGAUCUGAAUCACAUAAACAUCGUAAUCAUCGUUUAUCGUUUCGUCGUUUAAGUGAAGAUACACAAGAUAAACAAUUACAAUUAAGACAAAAUAAUGAAUAUGCUAAAGAUUCUACACACAAUAUUUUAAAUGAAACAUGGCUUGAUAUUGGACAAGAUCAUUGGACUAAUUUACUAGAAAAUGGUUGGAGACCAACAGCUGCUACACCUGGUGUUAAACCUGUUGCAAUUACUGAUUCAGAUACUAAUAGCUCUCGUGGAAAUAAGCAACAAAAUUCAAGUACAAAAAUUAUUGAUCUUUAUGAACAAAUAUCAAAAAAUGAAUAUGUUUCAUUAUUCGAACAACUUGAAUUUGCUUAUGCACGCACAAUCAAUUUAGGUAAUGAAUUUUGGCGUUUUCUUGAAAUAAAUGGCAAUCAUCAUUUAUGUCUUUAUCAUCAACUUAAUAAACAAUUUAUUAUGUUUAAACCAGAUGUUUCACUUUUAUGUUUUCCUUGGCCAUACGAUGGUAUUAUUGAUAUUUCAUGGUCAAAAACAACAAAUACAUGGGUUGUUGCUACACAAACACAAAUAAUUAUUUGCAAUAAUUCAUUCAGUAAAAUUCUUCAAUCAAUUGAUAUAAAUGGUGAUUGGCCAAAACGUAUAACAUCAUGUCAAUCAUCUAUAUUUCAUACAUAUAAAAUUCCAUCAUCUUCUACAACACCUCCAUCAAAUUCAUCAUAUAAUUCCACAUCAAAUAAAGAUCGUCCACAAUUUUUACUUGAACGUUAUGAUUAUAAAUUACAUUCUAUGGGUAAACAUAUUCUUGAAUCCUCAACAAUAUGGGAUAUUGAAGCUGAUGACGGUACUGAACAUUUAGCUGUUUUAUGUGAUGUUGCUUUACUUAUAUUUGAUUAUCAAUUAAAUUUAUUAAAACAAAUUGAAGUAACUGGAUUUAAAGUAAGUACAGAUCAUUUUGGUGGUUGGAUUAUUGCUGAUUAUAAUGCGUCAUGUAUAUGGCAAAUAAGACGAAAUGAAUAUGUGACAGCAAAUAAAAUUUUACAUGUUGAACGACCUUGGUCUGUUAUAAUCGAUCGAAGUACAUGGACAUUAGUUACAUUAAGUGAAACACAAAAUCGUGCUAAACGUUUAUUAUUUUUCAAUAUGAAAAAUCUUCCUGUGUCACUUUUAACAACGAAUUCAACUGGAUCACAAUCUCAACUAUCGAUUUCGACAUCAUCGUCUUUAUCGAAUUCAUUAACUUAA